CGUUCAUGACUGGCAUCAUCUCGCAUAUGGUUCCGGGAAUUCUCGCUAGGAUAUCCUACAUCUGCUCUCCCUUCACCAAGAACCUCUUUGUGUAACGAAAGUAAAAGUCUCAGGACUUUUAAGUUGCCCAGAGUCAAGAAAUCCGGAAAAAGCCGCUGUGAGAUUGACAUGCACUUCGACCAAUAGCGUUGCAGAAAGGCGUAUCAUUUCACAGAUGUCCCAAUCAGUACGCAGAGAGUCUCGGUCUCCAAGUUGAAAGCGGAAAUAAGGCCUUUCCGCACCUCAUGGAAUCCCUACUGCAGCACCUGGAUCGCUUUUCCGAGCUUCUGGCGGUCUCCUGCACUACCCACGUCAGCACUUGGGACCCAACCACUGUGCGCCGCGCCCUGCAGUGGGCGCGCUACCUGCGCCACAUCCACCGGCGGUUUGGUCGGCAUGGCCGCAUUCGCACGGCUCUGGAGCGGCGGCUGCACAACCAGUGGCGGCAAGAGGGUGGCUUUGGGCGGGGUCCAGUUCCGGGAUUGGCGAACUUCCAGGCCCUCGGUCGCUGUGAUGUCCUGCUCUCUCUGCGCCUGCUGGAGAACCGGGCCCUCGGGGAUGCCGCUCGUCACCACCUGCUGCAACAGCUCUUUCCGGGCCCAGGCGUCCCGGACGCCAAUGAGGAGACGCUCCAAGAGAGCCUGGCCAGCCUUGCCCGCCGCCGGUCCGCGGUGCACUUGCUGCGUUUAAACGGCCAUAGAGAGAACCCGAAUCUCCAGGAGGACUCUCUGAUGAAGACCCAGGCAGAGCUGCUGCUGGAGCGUCUGCAGGAUGUGGGGAAGGCCGAAGCGGAGGGUCCCACCAGCUUUCUCAGCAGCCUGUGGGAAUGCUUGCCUAAGAACAACUUCCUAAAAGUGAUAGCGGUGGCGCUAUUGCAGCCGCCUUUGUCUCCCCGGCCCCAAGAAGAAUUGGAACCCGGCAUCCACAAAACUCAUGGAGAGGGGAGUCAAGCGCUAGUCCACUGGCUUCUGGGGAAUUCGGAAGUCUUUGCUGCCUUUUGUCGCGCCCUCCCAGCCGGACUUUUGACUUUAGUAACUAGCCGUCACCCAGCACUGUCUCCUGUCUACCUGGGUCUGCUAACAGACUGGGGUCAGCGUUUGCACUAUGACCUUCAGAAAGGCAUUUGGGUUGGAACUGAGUCCCAAGAUGUGCCCUGGGAGGAGCUGCACGAUAGGUUUCAAAGCCUCUGUCAGGCCCCUCCACCUCUGAAAGAUGAAGUUCUAACUUCCCUGGAGACCUGUAAAGCGCAGGAUGGAGAUUUCGAAGUACCUGGUCUUAGCAUCUGGACAGACCUCUUAUUAGCUCUAAGGAGUGGUGCAUUUAGGAAAAGACAAAUUUUGGGUUUCAGCCCAGACCUCAGUUCUGUAUAGGCAAUGCUCAGUUAUUACUUGAAUAUAUAGUUUACAAAAUGAAAAUUACAAUGUUCUCACCAGAUAUAUGCCUUCCUGUGUCCAAACUAUAAUUAUUUUAGAUGCUAAUUUUGAAUAGUUUAUUAAACAAUUAUAAGUAUGCAAACUAACUGGCAUGUAGUGUCAUAGAUUUUCUGGAUAGAAGAAGUGAUUGGAAGUACUCCACUUAAAGCCAUGGAAUUAGCAAUAGUUUUCUUUUGAAUAGAAGGCCCAUUUCUAAGAAUGUUGAAAUUAUAUGUACCAUUCAAAGUAAAAGAAGCUUUAAAGUGACAAAAACCUUUUUCUUUCAGUAUGGUUUAUUUUUCUAGGUUUUCUUUCCCUCCUUCAGUAGUGAAGAGUUCUCUUUAGCCAUCCAAUAUGUGGCAGUGUCAGGAAUGUUGGUUUGAAAAGCUAUUGGCUGAUCUGGAUCUGGAUUUCGCCUUGUUAACCUAGUAUUCUAACCAGUUAACCAGCCUCAAUAUGCAUUAAAAUUGUAUUAUUCAGAAAGUUUUUUUCCCGUUUUCUGCAAAUUCUUACUCUGAAAAUGAAUCACCACGUAGUAUGUCCAUUUAAAGCAUUGACUCACAGACAAAUGUUUAAAGCAUAGUAAAUAACAAAUAUAUGCCUCUGGAUAUUAAUGCUUGAUGGUAAAAGAAUCAAACUUUAGAAGAUCCAGGUUUUAGUGCCACUUCUGCUGUUAACUAGGUUAAUAAAUCACAACCUUGGCACCACAGUUGCCUUAUAUGUAAAAUGAAGUAUUUAGACUAAAAUAGUAAAAUUUUCUUAUUUUUCCCUUGGUGGCUGCCCUAUGGAAACAGUUUAGGAUAUUUGUUUUGCAUGUAGGAACCUAGUUUUGUUAGUUUACCUGGGUGUUUCACAGCUGACAGUGAUUUCCAGUAACCAAACUUAAGGGCAAUCUGUUCAUUUUUACUAGGGAGAUAUAACUUUCCAGCAAUCAAGAUAUUUUUGUCCAUUUCCAGGUUAGCUAACAGGAUUUUUUUAGGAAAAAAAAAAAAAAAAAGGGUAUUUAGAAAGUUAAUUUCUAAUUCCAGAAUGGAAUAAGAGCAAAAAGAGUUAUAAUCUUGUAGGAUUUCUCAUUCUGUGGUAUAACCCAGGGGUAAACCAUUAUUCCAGUACUAAGUAUACUUUUCUAGAUACUCUUGAGUGAAAACCAGCAAAUUCUUUUUCCCUGUGGUCUGAUUUAUUUUUCUAGUUCUAAUCCAUGAAGGCCAUUGUCAUUAACGCAAGAAUAAAGACAAUUCCUCCUGUCAGUUACGUGAAAUUCUUUUUUAAAUAAACACCCCAGUGAAGAAUUCUACCUUAGCAAGUCCUAAUAUUAGCUUUAGCUUUAGAAAAUAACAGUUUGUGAACUUACUUCCCUAUAUUUUAAACUGUAUCUCACACUGAUUUACAAUAAAGUUAUAAAGAUAGACAGUAGACUUAAGAAAUAACGUUUUAAAAUCCAUUUUAUACUGACUACUUUUUGUUGCCUUAUUUUAGUCUCCAUAUGUUCAUUACAUACAUAAUCUUAUUUAAUCUUUACACCAAGACUAUAUUCUUACGAAUAUAAGCUAAAAAAUUAAGUAAAAUACCCAAGGAUAUUAACAAAAGCAACAUGAAAGUAGAAGCCUUAUCUGUUACUUAUUUUGUUUCCAGGAACCUAGCACAGUGUCCAGCAUAUGGUAGAUAUACCUAGUGUUUGAAUAAAUGAAACCAGCAUUAGAACUUUAUAUACUUUCUCUUAUUUUGAAUAAUAUUAAGGACUUGUAAAGAUUAGGAAUCAAUGCAUGCACUGGGAGAGGAAAAAGUGAGAGGAAGACUAUAUAAAUAGGAAAAUGUUUGAUAACUAACUACAGAAUAUAAAAAUAUUUAUUUUGUGGUUCUCCCUUUGUCCUGUCAAAUGAGGGUGCACUAUUGAAAUCUCCCACUGUAACAUUGUUACAGGAAAUUUUAUUAAUUUUCAUUUUAUGUAUUUUGAGCAAUUUUAUGAUAUGCAAACAAAUAUAGAAUUGUUAUGUCA